UGCAAAUCGGAUCGCACGUUGUUUCAUUCGAUUUAAAUUUUUGGUGAUAAACUCCGUCGCAAAGAGAAAGUUUAAAACGUUCUUUAAUUGUUUGGUGUGUUAACUAAAGGGGAAAUCAUUCUCUAACCAUGGUCCUCGCGGAGAAGUCCUGGGACUUCGACGGCAAGAAACACAAGAAAGUUCAGAAGGCUUUGGAGGAUAAAUGGAAGCUAGUGCCGGCUUUUCUCCAAAUCAAGGGUUUGGUGAAGCAACACAUUGAUUCUUUCAACUAUUUCAUCAAUGUCGACAUUAAGAACAUCGUCCGGGCAAACGAUGAGGUUAAAAGUGAUGCCGACCCGUGCUUCUAUCUGAAGUACCUGAAUGUCAGCAUCGGUAUGCCGGAUGUGGAAGAAGGGUUCAACAAUACCAAAUCUACGACACCCCACGAGUGUCGGCUGCGGGACAUGACAUAUGCAGCUCCGAUAACGGUAGAUAUAGAGUACACUCGAGGAACCCAAAGGGUUGUUCGGAAUAAUCUACUGAUUGGUCGGAUGCCCAUCAUGCUGCGUUCCUCGAAUUGUGUUUUGUCUGGUAAAUCCGAGUAUGAGUUGUCUAAGGUAAACGAGUGUCCGCUUGAUCCUGGCGGUUACUUUGUAAUCCGUGGUACGGAGAAAGUUAUUCUUAUACAGGAACAAGUUUCCUGGAACAAAAUGAUAACUGAGGAUUACAACAACGUUAUCCAAUGCCAAGUGACCAGUUCUACCCAUGAGAAAAAAUCCAGGACAAUUUUGCUUGCGAAGCAUGCAAAAUAUUAUUUGAAGCACAACUCGAUGACUGAGGAAAUUCCGGUUGCAAUUAUUUUCAAAGCCAUGGGAAUAGCUUCGGACCAGGAAAUCAUGCAGCUCGUUGGUAUCGACAUUGAAACACAGAAACGGUUUGCUCCGUCGCUUUUGGAGGCCGCUAACCAUAAGGUGUACACCCAGCAGCGAGCCUUGGAGUAUAUGGGCUCCAAGCUGAUUGCAAAACGGUUCACCACGGCAGCAACCAAAUACAAGACUACCGCUGACGAGGCAAGGGACCUGCUUGCGACGACAAUCCUGGCUCACGUUCCUGUGAACAAUUUCAAUUUUCAGGUGAAGGCAAUUUACGUGGCCUUGAUGAUUCGUCGAGUGAUGGCAGCCGAGUUGGACAAAUCGGCCGUCGACGAUCGCGAUUAUUAUGGUAACAAACGGCUGGAACUGGCCGGUUCCCUGCUGUCUCUGAUGUUCGAGGAUCUGUUCAAGCGUUUCAACUGGGAGCUGAAAAUGAUUGCUGACAAGAAUAUUCCCAAAAUUAAAGCAGCUCAGUUCGAUAUCGUGAAACACAUGCGAGCAGCGCUAAUCUCAACGGGACUGGAAACGGCCAUUUCAACCGGUAAUUGGACUAUCAAACGUUUCAAGAUGGAACGUGCAGGAGUCACGCAGGUUUUGUCCCGGUUGAGCUAUAUUUCAGCGCUAGGCAUGAUGACGAGAGUCAACUCUCAGUUCGAGAAAACUAGAAAAGUAUCAGGACCACGAUCGUUGCAACCAAGUCAGUGGGGAAUGUUAUGUCCCUCGGACACGCCUGAAGGAGAGGCCUGUGGAUUGGUAAAGAAUUUGGCGUUGAUGACGCAUAUCACCACGGAGGUCGACGAAGAACCGGUCAUUCGGUUGGCUUACAAUUCUGGAGUAGAGGACAUUCGUUUGUUGGGCGGUGAAACCAUCAAUAAUCCGAAAGUAUUCAUGGUGUUCAUCAAUGGUAAUAUUUUGGGAGUCACUAUUGGCUACAAAAGGUUGGUGGAAGUAUUUCGGAUGAUGCGUCGGCGAGGUUUGAUCGGUGCUUUUGUAUCGAUCCAUACGUCGUUUUCACAACGCUGUGUUUACAUUCAUACGGAUGGAGGACGGUUGUGUCGACCUUAUAUUAUCGUCCAGAAUGGAAGACCUCUCGUAUUACAAGAGCAUAUUGAACAGUUGAAAGUUGGUCUGAGAAAGUUUGACGAUUUCCUUCACGAUGGUUUGAUCGAGUAUCUAGAUGUGAAUGAGGAAAAUGAUUCCUUUAUUGCUUAUCAAGAGAUGGACAUUGAUCCGGAGAAAACUACACAUCUUGAAAUUGAACCGUUUACAUUGCUGGGAAUUUGUGCAGGAUUGGUUCCAUACCCGCAUCAUAACCAAAGUCCCCGCAACACCUAUCAAUGUGCUAUGGGUAAACAAGCGAUGGGCGCUAUUGGUUACAAUCAGAAAAAUCGCAUCGACACGUUGAUGUAUAACGUCGUCUAUCCGCAAAGCCCGAUGGUACGCUCGAAAACUAUUGAACUUACCAACUUUGACAAGUUGCCGGCUGGCCAAAACGCCACUGUAGCCGUAAUGAGCUAUUCCGGCUACGAUAUCGAAGAUGCCUUGAUUCUGAACAAAGCUUCAAUCGAUAGAGGUUACGGUAGAUGUUUGGUGUAUAAAAAUAGUAAAUGUACCAUAAAACGAUACAGCAAUCAAACAUUCGAUCGUAUAAUGGGUCCGCUGAAAGAUUCUUUGACCAAUAAGAUAAUCUUCAAACAUGAAUGCCUGGACACGGAUGGAAUAGUUUCGCCGGGAGAGAAGGUUUUAUCAAAACAAACCAUGGUCAACAAAGAGAUGCCCGCGGUUAAAUCUACCAACCCGAUUGAGCAAAAAGAAGCAGGCCAACAACCGAUAACCUACAGCCCUGUUCCGAUCACCUAUAAAGGCACUGAACCAAGCUACAUUGAAAAGGUCAUGGUUUCAACUAACAACGAGGAAGAAUUCUUGGUAAAAAUUCUGCUGCGUCAAACCCGUCGACCGGAAAUCGGAGACAAAUUUAGCUCCCGGCAUGGACAGAAAGGUGUCACCGGUUUGAUUGUAGACCAAGAAGAUCUACCCUUCAACGAUUACGGAAUGUCACCGGACAUGGUGAUGAACCCUCACGGUUUUCCCUCCCGUAUGACGGUUGGCAAAACGCUAGAACUGCUCGGUAGCAAGGCAGGAGUACUUGAAGGCAAGUUUCACUACGGAACGGCUUUCGGUGGUUCGAAAUGUUCGGACCUUCAGGAUGAACUUUUCAAAAAUGGUUUCAACUACCUCGGAAAGGACGUCUUCUAUUCGGGAAUAACCGGGGAACCGCUUGAAGUUUAUAUCUACUCCGGUCCGGUGUACUAUCAGAAGCUCAAGCACAUGGUACAAGAUAAAAUGCACGCCCGUGCUCGGGGACCUCGGGCCGUAUUGACUCGUCAACCCACGCAGGGACGUAGCCGCGAGGGUGGCCUUCGUCUGGGAGAGAUGGAACGGGACUGUCUGAUUUCCUACGGCGCUUCGAUGCUCAUAAUGGAACGUUUGAUGAUUUCUUCCGAUGCUUUCGACGUGGAUGUUUGCAACGUGUGCGGCCGUCUGGCUUACUCGUCUUGGUGCCACAACUGCCGGUCCAGUGCCAGCGUAUCCAAGAUCUCGAUGCCGUACGCUUGUAAACUGCUUUUCCAGGAGCUUACCAGCAUGAACAUUAUUCCGAGGUUGAAGUUGCACAAUUAUUAGAUUUAGGAUUAUUGAAAUCCUUUCUGAUGUUUUUUUUUCGAUACAUUAAAAUAUCGUAGUUUGAUGAAGUUAUUAAAAAUU